AAACAAUAUUUAUCCUGUUUCAAAGUAUAUCAAUGGUCAAUUAUUGAAUUCAUUAUAUUGGGAUGCAUGGUAUAAUCGACUGAAUGUAUCAUUCAAUGAAAAAGAUUUUAUUGCUCAUGAUAAUAAAGUUUUAGGUGUUGCACGUCUUCGACAGCUUAGAGUAGAUCCAUCACAAUGUGAUAUACCUAAACAGAUGAGAGGUGUUAUAGAAAAAUGCUAUCCUGUUUACAGUACAAAAGCACGCUUUACAAAGUCAAUACAAAUACAAGGCAAUAUCACACCUAUUUACACAAAAAAUGCAUGGGACUUUAGUGAUUCUCAUGUGACAGGAGCUACCAGUUAUUCUGCACCAUAUGGUUAUUAUGAUGGUUCCGGUUAUAUACAAGAUUUGUCCAGAUCAAAUGAUGAAACUGUAGCCAUUUUAAAUGAGUUAUUUCAAGGUCGAUGGAUAGACCAAUCAACUCGUGCAUUGUUUAUUGAUUUUACAAUAUAUAAUGCAAAUGUAAACAUAUUUGUUAUAGUAAAAAUCAUAUUUGAAAUGCCUGAAUCGGGUGGAUUAUUUGGUAGCACUAUAGUUCAACCAGUCAGAUUAUUUCGUUAUCAAACAGUGACUGAUUACUUUGUUUUAGUAUGUGAAAUUGUGUAUUUGGUUUUUCUUGCCUAUUAUAUUAUUGAAGAGAUACUUGAGUUUUCAGUUAAACGUUGGAGAUAUUUUAUAAAUAUUUGGAACUUAAUGGAUAUUACAAUGAUUGUAGCCAGUAUAAUAUGUGCAGCCUUUUUAAUAUAUAGUACUAUUAUUGUUUCAAACAAUAUGUCUUCAUUAAUUAGUGAUGUUUCGUCUUAUCCAAAUUUCGAUUAUCUUGCUUAUUGGUAUAGUCACCAUAUAAGAUCAAUGGCAAUUUGUGUAUUUCUUGGAAUAAUCAAGAUCUUCAAAUAUUUAACGAUUGAUCGUUCAUUAAAUCAAUUAACAAGAACAAUGAGUGUAGCUGCUUAUGAUUUACUGGGAUUUUUAGUUAUGUUUUGUAUUGUGUAUUUCGCGUUUGCUCAAUUGGGUUAUUUAGCAUUUAGUGCAAGAACAUUAGCGUAUAGUUCAUUUACUCAAACAACUUAUUCAUUAUUUCGUAUAAUGGUUGGUGAUAUCGACUUUCCAUCCAUUCUAAAAGCUCAUCCUGUUUUAGGACCAAUAUUUUUUGUGACUUUUGUUUUCUUUGUAUUUUUUGUUUUAUUAAAUAUGUUUCUUGCUAUUAUUGAUGAAUCGUAUAAAACAACAAAAGCUGAAUUAAUUCAACAGAAAAAUGAUGUAACAUUGGGGCAUAUACUUAAAAAAAAAGCUAAAGAUUUAGCUAAAAGAGUUCAAAAGAAACGAUCUAAAUCGAUUGUUCGUAUAUUACGAGAAUAUGGAUUGAUGGGUAAAGAAAAAUUACCCUAUGAAGAUUAUCGUCAAGCAUUAAAAAGCCAUGGAUAUAGUGAACCAGAAAUUUUUACAACUUUCGUGAAAUACGAUGAAGAUGGUGAUAAUAAUUUAGAUCUAACAGAACAACAACAAUUAGCUUAUGAAAUUGACUUGGGUGUUAUCUAUAAAAUUGGAGAACCAGUUGAUGAAGGGAUUGGGACAGAUGAAGAUUCCAAUGGAAAUUCUGUUAAGGAUGAAGAUAAUUAUGUUGAUCCUGAAGACUAUAAUGAAUUAAUCCAAAAUGUUGAUCUUAUGGAAGCUACACUUGUUUCAAUUAUUACACGUAUAGAUGAAUUAUUAGCUAGCCUAGAACAAAUUGAGAUAGCAAAACGUGAACAUAGAAUACAACUUAGUGGAAUAAUUAAAGAUAUGUCUCGAACACUCCAGUUUAAAUAAACAUAUGGUUAUAAACGAGUUUACUGAUAUUUAUUUAGUACUCUUCAUAAUAUAAUCACUGGCAAUAUCACCAUUAUCAUCACCAUAAUGAAUGUCAUUUAUUAUUGACUAAUGUUAACGACUACGUCCUAAAUAAACGCUUAUCUAAAAUUUAACAGAACUUUAAUUAAGAUUGAUUUGAAUGCAUUGAGUUGUGUUGUACUUUAAUUUUUUGAAGUUUUAGUAAAUCCUAUCACCAUGAUCCUUAUUAUAAAUUUCUAAUUAUAUAACCAAG